AUGGAAUCUCUCCUACGUUGGGGUAUUGAGCACUCUGGUAGCCACGAUGCAUCGCAGCCAGCCCCACAGCCCCGCAAAGACCUCGAUCCUGGAAUUAUAGACGCGAUCUUAGGAAAAUCAGACGCACAGUUGAUGAAAGACGCGCUGACGAUCGCGGUAGACGAGAAGCGGGAUGAAGACGAGAGAGUACAAGCUUUAGAUGACUUUGAAAUGCUCGUUGAGCAGAUAGACAAUGCAAAUAAUAUCGAAAAGAUGAAGAUGUGGGACCCGCUGCAUGGACUUCUGAUUGCGUCAUCGUCGCCAGAAAGUGUCAAGAUGCAGACAUUAUGGGUGAUAGGGACAGCAGUGCAAAAUAACCCAUCUGCACAAAUCUCGUAUCUUGUGCUAUCCCCAAUGCCAACGCUGCUUGCUUUCCUAUCUCCGGAGGUGAAGUCACCCCAGGUUCGGUCAAAGGCUGUUUAUGCACUCUCUGGCCUAUUGAAACUUAACGCUCCUGCUGUGAGACAAUUGGAGGAAGCAGGCGGAUGGGAGAUCCUCAAAGCUGCGCUUGAAGAUUCCGACAUCACCGUCCGCCGCAAGACCGCGUUCCUGGUGAAUUCGCUUCUCGUUCCGAUGGAUCCCAUCAUCCGUCCGUCGCAACAACCAGGGCGACCCUCCGCAUCUUCCACCGCACCACACACACCUAGUACGAGCGUUAUUGCGCACCCUACAGGCCCCCCUCCAGACUCUGCACCAGCUGCCGCGCCUGUCCACCCCAACUCCCACGCAACCAUGCUCUCCGAUCCCACAUCCUUCUCUACGUCCCCCGCAACGUUCGCCGCGUUUCAGGAGCGCGGAAUGCUGCAAGCGCUUAUCUCAUCGCUGACGUCUCCGACGCCCCACGGCGCCGAUGGCGAGACGGAAGGCGACCCUGACUUUGAGGAGAAGGUUGUCAGAUCUUUGCACACGUACGUAACGUCAUGUCACGGCCACUUCACCGAUGGGCAGAGGUCAGAACUGGCUGCAUAUGUGAAGGAGCAGACUACAAAGACGGGCGGUGACUCAAGACUAGCACAGAGAUGGGGAUUCACUGUAGAUGAAGUGAAGGCCUUGCGGCAUGCAGUGGAGUAG